UUCCCCCGCCGGCCUCACCGCCCGCCCGCGCGCGCCGCGCCGACCCCGGGUUCUCUGCCGGACUCGGGAGACCCGGCUGUGCCCGACGUGUCGUGAGCUUUGUGUGAAGAAGCCCGACGGGAGCGGCUUUCGCUCUUAAUAAAAAGUUUUUCUAAAUCUCAGUUUGUAGAAAAUUUUCUGGAGUUUGCAAUACUCUACCUCUUUUCUCCUGCUUGUAGAGUACUUUUUUUCUUCAGCCGUAAACGUUAUUUGCUAUAACGGAGCAGAACAGGGAUGAACAUUUUGUGAUUGAAAGUGUUGCAGACACGUCGAAGCAGCAUCAAGAUGGACAAAAAGUCCUUCGAAACUGUGCUGGAUGAAAUCAGAAAGGCUGUUUUAACAGAAUACAAAUUAAAAGCAAUUGAAUAUGUGCAUGGAUACUUCUCUAGUGAACAGGUCGUUGAUUUACUGCGAUAUUUUUCCUGGGCUGAGCCUCAAUUGAAAGCAAUGAAGGCGUUACAGCAUAAAAUGGUGGCUGUUCAUCCAGCAGAAGUGGUCAAUAUCCUCAAUUGUUUCACCUUCAGUAAAGACAAGCUAGUUGCUCUUGAACUCUUAGCUUCGAAUAUUGUUGAUGCACAGAAUUCUCGUCCCAUUGAAGAUUUAUUCAGGAUAAACAUGUCUGAGAAGAAACGGUGCAAGAGAGUACUUGAACAGGCUUUCAAGGGGGGCUGCAAAGCUCCCCAUGCCAUGAUAUCAUCUUGUGGGACAAUCCCAGGAAAUCCAUAUCCCAAAGGAAAACCUAGUCGUAUAAAUGGAAUUUUCCCAGGAACCCCUUUGAAAAAAGAUGGUGAAGAAUGUACCAAUGAAGGCAAAGGAAUAGCUGCACGGAUACUUGGACCAUCCAAACCACCUCCUUCAACAUACAAUCCACAUAAGCCUGUUCCUUAUCCAAUACCUCCAUGCCGGCCACAUGCUACUAUUGCACCAAGUGCUUACAAUAAUGCAGGUCUGGUACCAUUAGCCAAUGUCAUAGCUCCAGGUGUACCCCCUCCACCUCCAUAUACUCCUAAUCCAGUAGGAACAGAAAAUGAAGACCUUUCCAGUCAGUCAAAACCUACACUGAAUCAAACAUUUUCCACCCCAGCAAGUCAACUCUUUUCACCUCAUGGUUCUAAUCCUUCAACACUUGCUGCAACUCCUGUCCCCACCGCAUCACCAGUCAAGGCAGUAAAUCACCCAUCAGCAUCAGUGGCUGCCACCAUUGCUGGAAUGAAUGUACCAAAUGCUGUCCUUCCUGUGUUCCCAGGGCAGGUCUCAUCAGCCAUCCAUACACCUCAGCCAUCGAUGCCAAACCCAACAGUGAUCAGGACCCUUUCUUUGCCUACUGCACCUGUAACUUCCAUCCACAGUACAACCUCUGCUCCUGUUCCUCCAAUUUUUUCUGGUCUAGUGCCAUUGCCAGCUCCCUCUGCUCCUCCAGCCCUGGCCCCUCAGGCUGCAUCUACACCUCGGUCCACUCUCGCUUCCAGUGAAACGUUGGCUUCCACUUCUGCUCCUUAUGCUCGCCUCUCCUUUUCUACCAACACUACUGCUGCUUCUACCAGUAACCCCGGUUCUGCCUCAUUGUCAUCAGUUUUUGCAGGUCUCCCUUUGCCCUUAGCACCAACCUCCCAAAGCAUAUCCAACCCAGCCCCUUCUGUGAUUACCAGUGGUUCUGUUCCCAGUGUUGCUGGUUCACUUGGGAUAAAUAAUCCUCUUUUGUCUGCUUUAAAAGGCUUUCUGACUUCGAAUGACACCAGUUUAAUCAACUCCUCUGUUUUGUCAUCUGCUGUUACAAGUGGGCUGGCUUCGUUAUCUUCUCUUACUAAUCAAAGCUCUGACCCUUCUGCCUCAGCCCCUAACAAGUGCUAUGCCCCAUCAGCCCUUCCUGCCCCACAGAGGUCUUCCACUCCUGGGCUGGCCAUGUUCCCAGGCCUGCCGUCUCCUGUGGCUGCCUCAACCACCACUCCCACUACACUGCCCAUACAGUCUCCUUUGACUGUUGUUACGUCCUCUUCAACACCAGUGCCGGUGAGCUGUGGCUCUUCAGCUGUACUCUUGCAUGGCCCCCACCCAGGUACUUCAGACCUGCACAUUUCAUCUGCCCCUGCUGUGACAACUAUUCCUGUUAUGAUCAAAACUGAGCCUACCAGUCCUACUCCCUCUGCCUUUAAAGGCCCGUCUCAUUCCACGAAUCCCCCUUGUGGCACUUUAGGCUUGUCAGGGACACUGGGCCGUGCAUACACAUCUACAUCAGUGCCCAUCAGUUUGUCUACUUGCCUUAAUCCUGCAUUAUCAAGUCUCUCCAGUUUGAGUACUCCCUUAAAUGGUGCAAAUCCCCUUUCCUCCAUUUCCCUUGCGCCACAUGCUUCCUCCACUCCUAUUGCUCCAGUAUUUACUGCUCUUCCUCCUUUUACUUCUUUGACCAAUAGUUUCCCUUUACCCGGCAGCCCCUCUCUUAACCCAUCAGUAUCUCUUCCUGGGUCCUUAAUAACCACUUCAUCCAGCUCUGCCGGCUCCACAGCCAUGCCUCCGCCUAGCUCUACAGCAGCUGUUCUCUCAGGACUCUCUGCCUCGGCACCAGUCUCGGCAGCACCUUUCCCCCUCAACUUGUCUACUGCUGUCCCCUCCCUUUUUUCCGUUACCCAAGGCCCUCUCCCCUCUUCAAAUCCUUCCUACCCUGGCUUUUCAGUCUCCAGUACCCCUAGUGUUCCCCCUGCUCUCCCCUCAUUCCCGGGGCUCCAGGCGCCCUCUACGGUCACAGCUGUCACACCACUGCCUGUUGCAGCCACAGCUGCCUCACCAGCGCCCGUCCUCCCAGGAUUUGCUUCAGCGUUUAGUUCUAAUUUCAACUCUGCUCUUGUUGCACAAGCUGGUUUAUCAUCUGGACUCCAGGCUGCAGGCAGCUCUGUUUUUCCAGGCCUUCUGUCCCUCCCAGGUAUCCCUGGAUUUUCCCAGAAUCCUUCGCAGGUCCAUUCAGCUUCAGCUCUAGAAAGCUACCCAGCUCAGCCUGAUGGCUUUCCCAGUUACCCCUCAACACCAGGAACACCAUUUUCUUUGCAGCCAAGCCUGUCCCAAAGUGGGUGGCAGUGAAUAUUUUUAAAUUUUUAUUCUUGGAGAUAAUAUGAGAUUUGCUUAAGAACUGCAGUGAACAAUCUGACAAAUGUGAAGUCAGCCAAAAGUCAGAAGAUGAAAAUGAAGAUAAUCCAAGGGAAAUUGAAAAUCUGCACUGCAUUUUUAAAAAUGGUUUUAAGUAUGAAUACUCUCCACUCCCUUAUGUAAAUAUGCUGACUAAGAAUUGUAAGGAGAAUAGUAUUUAAAAAAUUAUUUGGGGACUUUUCGCCCCCCAUCCUACAAAAUUUUGAAUCAUGUAUGUGGUCUACAUGAAAUAUUAAAAGAGAAGAUAGAACUCUUUAUAGCCGAAUACAGCCUUAAAUCUGCUUGUAUAGCAUCCAUGGACAGAAGUAAUAGUUGUGCCUCAGAUUUAUGGGUUGCAUGUGGCCCUGGGGAGUUAACUGCCCUUGGUGUGCAUGGUGGUUCCUGUUAGUACCAGUCAGAACUCAGUACUCUGUAUAUGUCCACAGGAGGGAACUGGAGACCCAGUUAUUUUUAAUUUCUAAUAUUUAUGAUCAUACAUACUGCUGAAUUUAACUAUGUUUCAGGUAAGUGGAAAUGGUGCUUAAUUACGUAGUCUCUAGAAUGACUUUCAGGUGUUUCCAAACUAUAUAUACAGAACUACUUUCUUAAAUACAAGGAAGGCUUAUUGCAGUACUUGCCUUCAAAACAGCUGUUCCUAGUCUCAGCAGUGUCCAGAUGAAUGAGCAACACUGGGGCCGCCUCUGUGACUCAUUGUACUCUGGAAGCUCUUGGUGAAUGUUUACAAUCAUGGGAUGUAGUAUUUUUAUUUGUAUUUAAAUCAAAUGCUUAUUGGAAAUAAUUAUGUGACAUCAAAUAGAGAAGACUUGCUCUGUUAGUAAAUAAACAGUGUGUACUCUAUUUAAGGACCUAUGGUAAUAUAACAUGAUUGAAUGUCAUUAACUUAAGAGUGAUAACUGCCACACUGGGGUGGGGGGAUAGGAAGAAACAAUUCUAAUCCUGUGACUAAAGUAUAAACUAUAGAGUCUACUGUAGUGCAUUUCAGCAUCUAGAAGUUUUACUUUUAUAAAGAUGAUGUCUGGAAGAUGUUGCAAAUGUAUUUUCCUUCAACAUGGGGAACAGACUUUUUAAGUAUAUUAAAUAUUCCUGUAUGGUUAGUUUUUAACAGUUUUUUUAAAAUAAACUUUAUGGAUAUCACAAAUA